UUGAAACGCUAAGGGUGCAAAACAGGAUAGUCUCAACCAAAGGAAAGAAUCAAAUUUCAUGACAGCAGUGGCAGAGAUGACGAUAAACAACAAUACAAGUUCUGCUGAGGGUGCCGACUCAUCGCAGACGAUCGAAAUUUACAAGCAGGCUUUGACAUUUAAUGUUAUAGCCAAGUAUGACCCACUGAUUUCACAGCUCCUACACAUAUCCUCCUACUGUGUGAUUUAUCAGUAUGAUGAAGAGGCUGAAGAUUGGGUGAAGAGCUCUUACAUGGGACCUGUUAGUGUCUAUGCACGUCGAAGUGUUUGGGAUAAGAAUGGAAAAGAUGAUAACAUCACAAGAGUAAGGGUCGACAACGUCCUAGCUGCGAAACAGGGCGACUUAUACCGGUUUGGUUUGAUCGUGCUAAAUCGUUCACAACCAGAAAAUUUUAGUUUGGGUUUUUUGGGAGAUAAAUACUUAUCUCAAGAAGAUUUGGAUGAGGAUCGUGGGCUUUUGAUUGAGAAGAGUGAUCAACUCAUCAUUGUGAGAGAUUUCAAUGGGAAAGCUUUUGGAUUGUGGAUUUUUGAUGAGAAAGACCGUGACUACCUAUAUCAACUAUUAAUGUAUUGUACUGACCAGCUGGUAUGAGAAAUCCGCCAGUCGUUUUUAUGUAAUUUUACAGGAUUUAUAGUAAGCUUGAUAAUAAAACUGAAGCUAAAAUUAAACAAUGAGCUAGGAUACAGGAUAAACAGGGGUGUGUGAUAUUGUCAUGUAAAAAGCAAGUGAAACAUGAUAUGAGAUUGAAAAUUUGAGAAAGUUAACUAAUUGGCCGGAGUAACAGGAGUGUUUGCCGCAUUCUUUUUCUUUGCAGGAGCACGUUUCUUCUUCGGAGGUUCUGAGGCCGAUGUCGCUGAAGUUCCAUCAGGGAUUCCUUCCGUAGCUGCCUGGGCUGCCGCCUGUGCUGCAAGUUGCUUUUUUGUAGGCUUUCUUGGUUUCUUCGGCUUAUCAUUCUUCUUCCGAGGAGUUGAAUUCUUACCAGCGCUGGCUUUCCCAGCCUUUCCUUUGGAAUUAGCAGCAGAGGUGGAGUUUCCGCCAUUAUCUUCGGAUUUGACCUCCCCAUCUGCCAUAG